GGGCGGUGUGGGGUAACGGGGGACAAUGGGGGCGGUGGGAGGAAUCAGGGGGGCGAUGAGGGGCCAACGGAGGCCAGUGUGAGGGAGUUGGGGGAAACAGGGAGAUAAUGGGGGUGGUAACGGGGGCAGUUGGGGGCCGAUAGGGGUUAAUUGGGGCCUAUGAGGGGCAGUUUGGGUGCAUUUGGAAUCACUUGGGUGGCAGUGGGGCUCUUUGGGGUCACCUGGGCAGUUUUCUGGCUGGGGGUGCAGCCUUUGUCCCCCCAGCCCCGCCAUGGCGCGAUGCCUCUGGCCGUGAGAUGGCCGUUCCCCGCAGGGCCGCCGCUCUGCAGCCGCCUGGUGCUGGGCCUGGUGGGCACCUACAGCUGCCUGUGGACCCGUGAGUGCCCCACAACCUGUGAGCCUUCCCCACAAUUCCUGGGCUGGGGAACCUCACCGUGCCCCUCCUCCCCCUUAGGAUACCUGAACCGCCUGCGGGUGCACAACGCCGAGGUGCUGCACGAGUUGGUGGAGCGGCGGGGGCCACACACCCCCCUCCUCACCCUGUCCAAUCAUCAGUCCUGCAUGGAUGACCCACACCUAUGGGGCUCUCUGAAGCUUCGCCACAUUUGGAGCCUUCACAAAAUGCGAUGGACCCCCACAGCCGCAGACAUCUGCUUCACCCGAGAGCUGCACUCACGUUUCUUCAGCUUGGGACGCUGUGUCCCCGUGUGCCGCGGGGACGGCGUCUACCAGCGUGGGAUGGAUUUUGUCCUGGAGAAACUCAAUCAGGGAGAUUGGGUGCACGUCUUCCCCGAGGGCAAAGUAAACAUGGGGCAGGAGUUCGUGCGCUUCAAGUGGGGCAUUGGGCGUCUCCUGGCUGAGUGCCGCCUGGACCCCAUUGUCCUCCCCCUGUGGCACGGCGGCAUGAAUGAUGUGCUGCCCAAUGCUCCCCCCUAUGUGCCCCGUGUGGGAAAGCGGAUCACAGUGGUUGUGGGGCAACCCUUCAGCGUCCGACCCCUCUUGGAGCGGCUGAGGGCUGAAGGCACCUCUACAGUGGAGAUGCGGAAAGCACUGACAGAUUUUGUGCAGCGGGAAUUCGAGGCACUGAGGAGCCACGCACGGACCUUACACCCAUCCACAUAGCUGUGGGGCUGCCCCAUGGAUGGACAAACAGAGCCCCCCCUCCAAAACAGUGCACCGUGCCAAUAAAGGUGGUUGAGCUCUG